AAGUCGCGUGCGAGAAUGGGGGCGUGGCUCGGCCGCUGUCACUCUAUUUACGGAACCGGACUGAUCUCCACUUUUGAACAGUACACAGCGGAGGAAUGACUAAUUUUUCAACGAUCUACCUCCGGGGAAAUCACUUCCCUGUUUGUCGGGAAUGCAAGCCUGGUCGGAUCUCGGAGGGUCCGCCCCGCCAACUUUGCUCACGUGGUUUCUUCCAACACUGUCUUAAUGAGGCAGUGACCCAGCCCGCCCGCGGGUCUUAAAGAGACAGAAGGCCGAUUGUGCAGACAUUCCUGUAAGAGCCAGGCACCUUGCUCCGGCCGGCACCAUGGACAGCGAAGCCUUCCAGAAUGCGAGUGAUCUUCUGGAUCUGAACUUCCAGUCUCUGGCCAUGAAGCACAUGGACCUGAAACAGAUGGAGUUGGACACCGCGGCCGCCAAAGUGGAUGAAUUGACCAAGCAGUUAGAGUCUUGGUGGUCAGACUCGCCAGCGCCUCCUGGCCCACAGGCUGGAGUCCCCACUAGGAUAUCCCGGUACAGCACCAGCCCUGUCCCAGAGCAUUUUGGCAGCAGAGGGUCCCCGCAGAAGACACCCACGGAUAGCACAGAGACCCGUUUUGGACGCUCGGAGAGUGCCCCGUCCCUGCACCCCUACAGCCCUCUGUCCCCCAAAGGCCGGCCGUCCUCCCCACGUACCCCCAUCUAUCUGCAGCCCGAUGCCUACAGCAGCCUGGAGCGUGCGCCAUCGCCCAGACCCCGUGCCUUUGACGGGGCUGCCAGUCCCCAUGGCCGGGCGCCAUCUCCGCGGCCUGGAGCUAGCUCGCUGCGCCAGCCGGGUCCCUCGACGCCCUUCGACUAUCUGAGUCGCGCAGGGUCCCCCCGGGGCAGCCCUCUAGCUGAGGGACCCCAAGCCUUCUUUCCGGAGCGCGGACCUUCCCCGCGUCCAACCACUGCUGGCUAUGACUCACCGGCCGCGUUCGGGAGCCCCCUGUUGGGCGCGGGUGGUAGUGCCUUCGCCCCACCGCUUCGCGCUCAAGAUGACCUGACGCUGCGCCGGAGGCCUCCGAAAGCCUGGAACGAGUCUGAUUUGGACGUAGCUUAUGAGAAAAAGUCUUCUCAGACAGCAAGCUAUGAACGGCUGGAUGUUUUUACACGACCUGCCUCCCCCGGUUUGCAGCUCUUACCCUGGAGAGAGAGCAGCCUGGACGGGCUGGGGGGCAGUGGCAAGGACAACCUCACCAGUGCAACAUUGCCACGCAAUUACAAGGUGUCCCCUCUGGCCACGGACAGGCGUUCUGACAUGGGCAGUUACCGCCGCACCAUGGGCUCAGCAGGACCUUCAGGCACUUUGCCCCGCAGCUGGCAGCCCGUCAGCCGCAUCCCCAUGCCCCCCUCCAGCCCCCAGCCCCGCAACGCCCUGCGCCAGCGCCCCAUACCCCUCAGCAUGAUCUUUAAGCUCCAGAAUGCUUUCUGGGAACAUGGAGCCAGCAGGGCUGUGCUCCCGGGAUCCCCCAUCUUCUCGCGAGCUCCCCCACCUAAGUUGCCUCAGCCACCCCCACAGCCACCCACCCAGGCCCAACCUCAGAUGCCCCCCCAGCCCCAGGCUCAGGCCCAGGCCCAGCCUCAGACUCCAGCGCCUCAACAGACUUGGCCUCCCGUGAACGAAGGCCUCCUCAAGUGCCCUGCCGAGCUGGAGCCAGAGCCGGAGCUAGAGGGGCUACUGGCUCCCGUGCUGGAGGCCGGCGACGCAGAUGAAGGCACCGUCACUCGGCCUCUCAGCCCUACCAGGCUGCAGCCAGCGUUGCCACCCGAAGCACAGACCGUGCCUGAGCUGGAGGAGGUGGCCCGCGUUCUGGCAGAGAUUCCUCGGCCCCUGAAGCGCAGAGGCUCCAUGGAGCAGAGCCCUGCCGUAGCCCUGCCCCCCACCCACAAGAAACAGUACCAACUGAUCAUCAAUAGACUCUUUCAUCGGCACGGCGGCCCAGGGCCUGGCGGGCCCGAGCCGGAGCUGGGCACAAUCACAGAGGGAUCCGAGGCCAGGGCAGGGCCCCCUGCUCCUGCCCCACCAGCUCCCGUCCCACCCCCUGCACCAUCCCAAAGCAGUCUUCCAGAGCAGCCUCAGAGCGUGGAAAUGCGCUCAGUACUGCGCAAAGUGGGGUCCCCGCGCAAGGCCCGGCGAGCUCGGCUCAACCCGCUGGUGCUGCUUUUGGACGCAGCGCUGACCGGGGAGCUGGAUGUGGUACAACAGGCGGUGAAGGAGAUGAAUGACCCAAGCCAGCCCAAUGAGGAGGGCAUCACUGCUCUGCACAACGCCAUCUGCGGUGCCAACUACCCCAUUGUGGACUUCCUCAUCGCCGCGGGCGCCAAUGUUAACUCCCCUGACAGCCAUGGCUGGACACCGCUGCAUUGUGCAGCUUCAUGCAACGACACUGCCAUCUGCACCGCCCUGGUACAGCACGGUGCGGCCAUCUUUGCCACCACUCUCAGUGACGGCGCCACUGCCAUCGAAAAGUGCGACCCUUACCGAGAGGGCUAUGCAGACUGUGCCACCUACCUGGCAGAUGUCGAGCAAAGCAUGGGACUGAUGCACAACGGUGUUGUGUACGCACUCUGGGACUACAGUGCUGAGUUUGGGGAUGAGCUGUCCUUCCGGGAGGGCGAGUCAGUCACCGUGCUACGGAGGGACGGGCCAGAGGAGACCGACUGGUGGUGGGCUUCGCUACAUGGCCAGGAGGGCUAUGUGCCACGCAACUACUUUGGGCUCUUCCCUAGGGUGAAGUCUCAGAGGAGCAAGAUCUAGCAGGAAUGAAGGACGAUUGUCAAGAAGAAAAGUGCAAGCCAGCCUGCCUUCCACCUGGACCUUCCUAAUCCAGCUACUGCUGAGUUUACUUUCGCCCUAAUCUCCAGAGGGGUGCAGCCUGCACCAGAAGUUCUCGUUCUUCCAGACGCUCGAGGAAGGGCAGCCCCAGACUUAAGAUUAGGAAGCCACCUUAGGCAUUGGGGUGAGGUGGGGCUGAGGACCUUUGUGGGCAGGAGACCCCACAUGCACACUUGCCAAAUCAGAUCUGGUUCAAAGAACCUCCUAACUACCAGCGAGCCACUGCGCUGUCACAGCUGACGCUGGCAGGGUGACCCACCCCUUCAUUGCUGUCCUCCCUUCCCCAUUCCUCCCAGCAGCCUUGGGGCCUGGGUGAGGCGCAUGGCUCCUUAGCAGGAUGUCAGCGCCCCACCUCCCCAACCAAGUGCCUUCACACCCGUGUGGCUUAUGUUUGUAAUGACAUGGGAACUGUUUCCUUUAUAAAUAAAGGUUGUUUGCACA